AUGAGCACGGACCCACAAGUUUUCUUUGAGACGGUACCACAACAACAAGAGCAAGAUAUCUCGUACCCAACCUACGAACAAGUCAACAACGAUGGAGUUCAAGAUGAUCAACAAGACUCUUUCCCAACACUUCCUGCUUCUCAGCCUCAUCAAGUCCAGAAUCCAGUUGUAGAUUCUGAUGAGCCUACUUUCAUAUUCUCUGUGAGCGAGCCUGAGAAAGUAAGCACAGGAAAGACCUUUGAAUUGUCCUAUUGGAUGUACAAGAUCACUGUGGAUACCAAACUUGACCAAUACAAACAACCAACUUUGAUUUGUCAUAGACGAUAUAAUGACUUUGUUUGGUUUAGAGAGUUGUUGGUUUCCAACUAUACUGGAAUUGUUAUUCCACCAUUACCAGAGAAGAGUAUUCUCGCAUCUGUAGAAAAAAUCUUUUCUUCAGUAGACACCAAUUCUCUUCUAGAGUACAGACAACGUGCCUUGACCAAGUUUUUGACUCGAGUUGGUGAACAUCCUGUUUUGCAAACAUCUAUGGAACUUCAGCAAUUUCUCGAGUCAUCUGAAGAGGAAUUUAACGUAUUAAAGAAUACCAAGACCAAGUCUUCAAAGAGUGGUGGAUCAUCAUUUUCACUUUUUAAAACUAAAAGCGCUACACCUGAACCCGAGUGGAUUACAAAUCACAGAAAGUUUAUUGACAAGUUAGAAAGUGCACUGAAAGAAUUAAGACAGAAAUUGCAAACCAUGAUUACAAGAAGAAAAGAAAUGGCAUCUGCCUUUUUGGAGUAUGGAAAAGCAUUCAUGACCGUCGGUAAUAUUGAAAAGGAAUAUGAUUCAGCAAAUUCAUUGGCUAAAAAUCUUCUAGAUGUUGGUCAAUCUGCUGAACAAUUGAGUAAGGUCACUGAUGACCAAGCUCAAAAAGAAACAAUGCAAGUUAUUGAGACAUUGACUUAUUAUUUGGGAAUGUGUGAAUCCAUUAAGCACACUGUAUCUCAAGUUGAGGAUCUCAGAAAUGAGAAGGAUAGUGCUCAAGCUCAUUUAAUUUCUCUUCAACAAGCAAAAGAAAAACCAAAUUUGAAAGAAGAUAAGAGACAACAAUUGGAGGCUCAAAUCGAGCAAGGUCAAACCAACUUGAAAAACAAGACUGACAAACUUGAGUCAUCCGAAGCUUCAUUCAAGAAUGAUUUGGAGCGUUUUGACUUGGAAAGAAAGAUUGAUUUUAGUUGCAUGUUACAAAGCUUCCUCAAUUUACAAAUCGAAUAUAAUCAAAAGUUACAUGAAUGUUGGUCUGAUAGAAUCCCACAAGUCAAUGCCUCUAUUUAUGAAGAAUAA